AUGGCAGUUGGUUCAUUACCAUGUGUGAAAGCCCUGACUGGGUCUAAUUUCUCAGACUGGAAAGAUGAAAUAAUUUUUAAUUUGGGAUUUGGGGAUUUAGACCUAGCCAUUAGGUCAGAUGAACCACCUAAGCCUACAGACACUAGUGGUGCAGAGGUGAAAAAGGAAUGGGAUAAAUGGGACAGGUCUAAUAGACUUAGUCUAAUGUAUAUUAAGAAUAAUAUUCCUAAAUAUAUUAAGGGUGCCAUUCCUGAUAAACCAUUGGCUAAGGAUUACCUUAAGGCUCUAGAAGAACAUUUUACUAUUUCAACUAAGUCACUGGCUAGCACUCUUAUGACCCAAUUAGUAACCGCAAAAUAUGAUGGUCUUAGUGGUGUGCGUGAGCAUAUCAUGAAAAUGACUGAUAUUGCAUGCCAAUUGAAAAAUCUGGAUAUGGAAGUUAGUGACUCAUUUCUAAUCCACUUUAUUAUGACUUCUCUUCCUGCGCAAUUCGAUAUUUUUAAAACUACUUAUAAUGCGGAGAAAGAUAAGUGGAAUUAA